AUGUUGUUUCGAUUGUGCGCACGUCACCAGAAACUGUUGUCACGCCUACCUGGUUGGCUCCUCUUCUCUGUCAAUCACAUUAUAAGCGCUGCUGAUUGGUUCAGUUACCUGCUCAGGUUUAUAUGCACACUUGUACCGUUUGUCCAGUAUUGCGAUAAGGGCGAAAAUAAGGAAGUGUGUUCAGAACCGAAGCAAAUUACUGGAUGAAAAGAAUCUGGGGAGCUGUGGAGUGCAGACACAGAAACCUACAGCUACAUGUUUAUUAGUUUCCUGCAGGCCAAUAAAACGAGAAGAUAAAAGUCCAAGCUGGCUUCAGUAGUUUUGUACGGUCAGGGAGAGAGGCUGCAAUGAAGAGCGUUACACUAACGGGUUCACUGAAGAAAUGGAACUGAUGGUCACACAGAUUUAUGGAGGCAGACAUCCAAAGCUAGAUUGGACCUCCAGGAGAGACGAGCGUGGCCAUUGGGACGUGCCCAUUUAUGGACUUAAAGGUGCCCCAACCAACCUUCUUAUCAAGCCUCUCUUCCACCGCUACCACCUCUUAGCAAGCCUCUGGUGGGACGGGUUCAUCCUCUGUGCUGAGACUUAAUUAUGAUAUGCCACAGCAACGUCAGCCCCAAGUAUUGGCUGAGGUGGAGUCAACUUUAGCAGCAGUGAUGCAGCAUCAUAAUGCACAAGACUGCGCCCUACAGAACCUCGCAGCGCAGAUGAAGGCACUCCCUAAAGUUGUGGGCUGUGAGCUGCCACCUACUCGGGAUUUGCUGGUUAUAGACGGACAUGGAUCUACUCUGCAGCUUGCAUUAUUGCACGCCAAGUGUGUGUUUCACUGUUUGAUAAAGGGAAGGGAACAAACUCAAUACUUGGUGGAGAAAACGUUGGCUGCAAUACAUCUGAAUCUGAACUGUGAUAAAGAAAAAUAACGUGACAGCGGAUGAAGUUUGUUCCCGAGAACAGGAAAAAAAAACAGUUGUGAUUCUGAUGUUGGUAAUAACAUGAGAUGUAUUCAUUAGGUAAUACUACAGAAAAUGUCUUAUUACCAAUAUGUUUCUUCAUAGUGUGAAUUUGAGGUUUGACUUGGAGUUUUGACAUGCUUUUGACAAAAGCUCUAAGAUUUGACCAAGAAUGGGUUUAAGUUUAUUGAAGACAUUUACACAGACACGUCUACUGAGGAAGUGGCAUAACUGUACUGUAGCUAAAUGUACAAUAGUACCAGUAGUUCCACUCCUCUAUUGUAGCUUUGACUUGUCUGUAGUUACAUUUCAAGUUUUUAUACAACAUUUGUUCUUCUUUAAAUGUUCUUUGUUUUUCUGGAAGUCCUGAUGAGAUUUGUACAAGCAGACUUGAAGCUACAGUACAACGUCUUCAUUUACGGAAGCCAACUGUGCGGCUCUUCUACUACUUCGUUAUUGAGUGUGCUCGCUUUCUCCGUCACCUCCUGGUUUAAUUCCAUUAGCCUGCAAAGAAAGAAAUCUGUCGGGACCCCUCACAUCCUAAGUCCCAUGUUCCAGUGGCUCCCAUCAGGACACAGACUCCCUGAUGCAGGACCCAAAUAGGAGAAACACUGUAAUCCCAGCAGUAGUUAUCCAUCAGAAUGCUGUCCUGUACAAUGACGCUUUUAAUUGAUCUUAUUAGUAAUAUUAAUUUUCCUGGAUGCUUUACCUUAAUUGGCCUUCAGGGAUAAAUAAUAGAGAUAAAGUGUUUUAAAUUGAAUUGAUCAAUACAUUAUAAAUACCUGAAAUACUUAUGUACACAUUAUUCAAAGAAAUAAAUUAAAAACAAAUUUAUGUUGUGAAGUUCACAUGUGAAAAUAUGUCAGUUGUAUAAAAAACAUUUUGCCGUUUCCGCUCACGCACGUCAGCGCGUGCGUCAGUCAAUGUCAUGGUAACAACAAACGCUUGGCCCGACCGAGUCUAUAUAAGGCGCGCAGUCACGGGGGUUCCCCGUUUGCAGUUGGACGCUGACGUUUAGAGACGCAAGCAACGGCAGAUGGGUAGUGAAUUCCGUGUAAAUUUUAAUAUUUAUCACUUAAAUGGCCUGAAUUGUUUGAAAUGAAUAAAGGAUAUAUGUACGAUACAUCUAUUGUAUGUGUAUUUAUGUGUUUAUUGACAACGUAACUUGUCAUUUUGGUCAAAAUUUGAAAAAUAUUCAUAUUUUUAAAAUGGCGACUGCACCGACUGUAAACUCCCGCAGCGCUCCAGCCCUUUUCGGUAUCUGCAGCCUUAAAUAUUAUCGCCUAAGGUUAUUUAAUUUAGUUCAAUGUAAAUCUACCCAUAGACACAUGGCCAUUGUUGGACUUCGCUAACGGAUCAUUCUGUUGCAAUUAAAGUGUCGGGAGUGGAGCAGUGGUUAGCGCCGAAAGCUAAGUAGCGCCCCUGCCAGGAUGCUAUCAAGCAGGGAGAUAAACAUAUUUGCCUGUUUCCGCUCACGCACGUCAGCGCGUGCGUCAGUCAAUGUCAUGGUAACAACAAACGCUUGGCCCGACCGAGUCUAUAUAAGGCGCGCAGUCACGGGGGUUCCCCGUUUGCAGUUGGACGCUGACGUUUAGAGACGCAAGCAACGGCAGAUGGGUAGUGAAUUCCGUGUAAAUUUUAAUAUUUAUCACUUAAAUGGCCUGAAUUGUUUGAAAUGAAUAAAGGAUAUAUGUACGAUACAUCUAUUGUAUGUGUAUUUAUGUGUUUAUUGACAACGUAACUUGUCAUUUUGGUCAAAAUUUGAAAAAUAUUCAUAUUUUUAAAAUGGCGACUGCACCGACUGUAAACUCCCGCAGCGCUCCAGCCCUUUUCGGUAUCUGCAGCCUUAAAUAUUAUCGCCUAAGGUUAUUUAAUUUAGUUAAAUCUACCGUAUAGACACGUUGUUGGACUUUGCUAACGGAUCAUUCUGUUGCCAGUUUAGCAAUUAAAUCUGUGCAAGUGUGAUCUGGAAAUGCAGGCACGAUAUUACAGUUUUUCUCAGUGGCUUUAGUACAAUUCUUAGACCAGAAUUGAAGUUUGCAAAUAUGUGUGUGCAUUUCUCAAAACAAUUUGUACAAACAGCCAAACACUGGAUUUCUUGCAACAGCCUGUAACUUGCUCAAAAUCUUUAGUAACUUCAGGGCCUAAUUAUUGUAUAUUUCCAUCAUGUUUUGAUGUUGUUUCGAUUGUGCGCACGUCACCAGAAACUGUUGUCACGCCUACCUGGUUGGCUCCUCUUCUCUGUCAAUCACAUUAUAAGCGCUGCUGAUUGGUUCAGUUACCUGCUCAGGUUUAUAUGCACACUUGUACCGUUUGUCCAGUAUUGCGAUAAGGGCGAAAAUAAGGAAGUGUGUUCAGAACCGAAGCAAAUUACUGGAUGAAAAGAAUCUGGUUCACUGAAGAAAUGGAACUGAUGGUCACACAGAUUUAUGGAGGCAGACAUCCAAAGCUAGAUUGGACCUCCAGGAGAGACGAGCGUGGCCAUUGGGACGUGCCCAUUUAUGGACUUAAAGGUCGGAUAAGCCUGUGCAUACCUUGUAAAAUGUUCUACGACAACAAGGAUGUACUGAUAGCCUCCCCUGCUGGGCUCGAGAUGUAAGUAGUCAAUCAAGACACGUUCCAUAGGUGAGGUUGUGACUAUACUUGAUAUCGGAGCUCUCACGUGUCACUGGCUUCUUCUGUUUUAAGCAUGGGCACUGUCUAAUCACAUAGGCCUCAAUUUCUCCUCAACGACUUGAUGAGGGAACGACUGAGGCUUAAGUACUGGUAGGUUGAUUACAGAUGACAUGCAGGUUAACAACGACCGGAAAUAAGGCUAGAUUUACUUAGCAUGAGUACUGGACAGGAAGUGGUAACAAAAUAAAACCGGAAAUGAAUAGAAGCAGUGACUAAAUGACUUGGAUUAUGAAAAUGUAAGGCCAAUAGAAUCUUUGCCUGGCUAGACUGUCUGCAUCAACAUUUAUUUUUCCAGGUCUAUGUCGAAUGUCAAAUCUAAAAUCUGACAUACGUUAAAGGAUUAUUGUCUGUGUACAUGGUGAAAUGCGGGGCAUAAAACAGGUAGUCCCGGAAUUUCUCACAGACGGCCCACUUCAGUGCAAGAAAUUCUAACUUGAGUGAGUGGAGUCGAUAAUUCAGCUCAGCUGGGGUAAGGGUCCUUGAACCAUAUCCAAUUACCCUGAUCUUACCAUCCUGGUUCUGGUAAAGGACUGCCCCAAGCCCUUUAUCUGAGGCACCAGAGUGGAGGACAAAUGGUGAUUCAAAAUCAGGGUAGGCUAGGGUAGGAGGGUUUGCCAAUGUGUCAGUUAGCUUAGACAGGGCCUCCUGGUGUUUGUGUCCACCUCACUGGAGUCCUAGAUGGUAGUUGGGCUCUCUUUGCUUUGUGCCCACCAUGCAUCUCUAGUGUCUGUCUUUCGGGGAUGCCCUUUUGUUGUAGAAGCUCAUAAAGGGGCUCUGCAAUAGCUCAAAAACCCUACAAUUCUUUACACAUCUCCCAAAGUGGCUGGUGUGUUGUCCCUCAGAGCAUACACUGCCUCCAGGUCUUUGGGAUCAAUGCGAACUCCUUCCGCUGAGACCAAUCUUCCCACAUAUCUUACUUCUUGUCUGAAUAAGUCACAAUUGUUGGGCCUGAGUUUGACUCCAUGGCUUUGCAGCGCUUGUGGGAACUUUCUUAGUCCUUCGACAUGGUCCUGAAAUGUGCGAGCAUAACAUAAGAUGUCAUCUAAAUAUGGAAUACAAAACUCAUCUCGUAAUGGAGCGAGGAUUUCCUCCAUACUACACUGAAACGCAGCUGGGGCAUUUGUCAGACCAAAAGGGAUUUGCACCCACUCAUAAAACCCCCAAGUACUUAUGAAUGCUGUCAAAUGGCGUGACCCUUCAGCUAUAAACCCCUGAUGGUAUGCUUUCCCUUUGGUCUAAUACAGAGAACCAGCUAUACCCACCCAAAAUGUCUGUAAGGUCCUGGAUCCUUGGAAGUGGGUGUCGGGCUGGGACAGUUUGUUGUUUCAGUGUUCCAUCUUUUUUCUGCACACAGACGACUGGAGCUGAGAAAGGGGAUUUAGAUUUCACUAUCCAUCUUUUCGCUAGAAGAUCCUCAAUAAACUCCUUUUAAAGAGGCUUCCGAAUGGAGGUGUAUGUCUUAUGGAUUGGAGUGCUGUCCUUCAGUGCUGUUAUACACCCCAUAUCACUGUCAUCCUGCGCAAAAGCUGCUGAUUCCUCAUGUAACAACUGUUUUACAGCUCUUUGCUGGUCUUCAUUUAGGUGGCUCACAUCGCCUGGCGGGUCCCAUCCUGUUGCUAGCCCAUUUCCAGUGUGCUGCUGGGUGCCAGAGAUGUUUUCUUGAACGUUAUCUGUCAUGGUUUGUCUCGGUCCCUUAGUUUCAAUUAUUUUGACCACUGGCUCAAUGCUCCUCAACACAGUCCUGCAGAAUAGAGUGACAUCAUGCUUUGUGUGGAUACCUAUGGGUACUCAUAUAGGGGUUCUUAGCCUGGUGGAUCUCAAUCAGACUAUUGCCAAUAUCCAACACUUGUAGUUGUGGAUUGUCUUCAUGAGGUUCAAAGAGUGUGUGGAUUUAUCAUGUCAAACAUUGGCGAUACUUUGCACUUAAUGUGGCUGACUUCAUUAGGUAUGAUAACCACAUCAUGUUGUCCCACUCUCAUCUUGCCUGAAAUUACAGUUUUGCCCACACUACCAAGUGUGGUAGCCUCAUCAGCCUGGAGAUUAAUGGCACCACGGAGUUUUAUGAGCGCAUCACACUUAGGUCCUGACAUUAGCUGCUCAAUCACAUUGAACCCAAUCAGGGGACAAUCUAAAGGCAUGGUGCUUACCAGAAAAGGCAGCUGGACUGAAAGGUUUGGGUCACUGUUGUCCGGGAGGCUUACCAUUACUCCUACCCAACCAUCAUAAGGUAAUGAGUCACCAUUCACAGCCAGCACACUCAAAUUCUUUCGUCCUAUGAGCUCCGCUAGGGGCCGUACUUUGUGGUCAGGAAGGAAGGUUCUGAUCGAAGACACACAAUUUGUUUUCACAUUAGUGGUCUCCCUUGAUUGUGGCUGUUCAGAAAUAUUUAAGGCAUAAGCAUUAGCGGGCGGCUGGCCAGAAUCUGUUGUUUGUCCUCCCUUGAAGCAUCCUGCUGCCAUGUGACCUGCCUCUCCGCAUACAAAGCAGUGGCUGCAUGACUAUGCACCGCUCUGAAUGCAUUUUGUGUUAGUUUGGAUUUGUUUUGGGUGAAUGCACUGACAUGUUCUAUAGGUUUGUUGGCUGUGGGAGCCUCAACCGCUUUUGUUAGUGCAUCAAUUUUGGCAUUCAUUUCCUCGAUGGCUUUGUCUUUAUUCUUGGUUUUACAGUCCAAUAAGUUUUCAGUGUCUUGGCUGGGACUGAGCUGAGCACUAUAAGCAUGUGUUACCUUUUGACGAGAGUAGUUGCCCAAUCUGCGCUGUCUCUCGCUCUCCUCACUGGAUACCUUGGUCACCUGCCUUAUGAGUGCUUUAUCUGACAGAAUAGUUUGACAAGAGAGGCUUUAGUUCGUUACGAAUGUCUGUGUACUUAGGGAGUAGAUCCUGAUGGAUGGUGCGUGGAAACACAUUCUGUACAGUGCAGGGCUCAUAAUCCAAUAUCCAUGUUAUCCUGUUUGGAUGCAGGAACUGCUGGGGACUCUCCUGUUCAUGCUGCUUAGUGCUCAUUAAUUCUUGGAAUCACUCACUGCCACUCUUUUCACUUACUGUAGAUGGGAGCGCAAGAACCUUGUUAGCUCAUUGAGAGUUAAUUCAUCCUUGUUGAUGAGCAUGUCUUUAAAUUGUCCUGGUUUCAUAAUAGGGAGUACUCCUUGAAUGAUUUCAUUGUCGGUAUACUGCCCUCUGAGUCCCUCCUACAUUUGUUUGCACACUAUGGUAGCUGAUGUCAGCUGCACUGUCCCCGACCUGGCCCCCUUGUACCUUAAACUCACUACGCUGAAGUAAAGGCAGGUCUCUCAAAGUCAUCAUGUUAUCGGGCCUACUACCUACCAGGAACUUUAUAUUACUCUCGAUACUAUACUGUUCUGAUAUGGUAUUAGGUACAGGUUGGGAUGCCACUGUCACAGUCUCAUUCCUAUUACUCCUAUGCUGACUAACUUCAACAGUAUGACUGUAAACAAGCUCAGUAAUAGUAUCUCUUAAAGAUAACAAAUAGGAUAAUCCUGAUCCUCUAGUCCAAACAAUGUCUUACAAUUUAAGUACUCACAAAUGAAGUCCUCAGCCUGUCGUUGCUACCUCUCGUCCAGCCCAAGUCACAGCAUGCUGCUGCCCAGGUCAUCCAGCUAUGCCGAGCUUCAGCUCCAGCCCUACCUACCUAGGAUUUUGUGUCUUGUCUUGUUCUGGCUCUCCUCCAGUCCUCCCUCUGCCCACCCUCUGUAUUAAAUCAGUAAUUUACUCUGCUAUUUAGUCUCCAGUACUCACCGUAUUCCUUUGCCAGAUUGUUGCAGGUUAUCACCACUUUCCAGCGUCGUGUCUUCCCGUUUGUGUAUUAUCCAGUACUUGUAUGAUCCAGUACUGUUACAUGCACGUGACAAACUGGACUUAAAAUGCUCACCAUGAGUGGGGAACAGGCUGCUAAGGCAUACGAAUAAACUUGGAGGGAGGUCCCAAAUGCAACUGAAUAAUAACCCAUUUAAUAAAUAAACAUAUAAACACAGAGGAAAAUACAACUAAGGGUGCUGCAAGUGCAGGGUGACUACUAGGAACACAAAUUAAUACUCAUGGAUACCGUAAUGAUUAACUAAGGAUCGCUGCAGAGCAGAAAAAGAAUUCAAACAUAAUCAGAACACUAAACAUGCAACAAACACCAACAAACACUAACCUUGACACACACAGGACAAACAAACCUCGACACAGGAAGCACGAUGACAUUGUAACAAUGCUCGCUGAAACUGACGCCAAUAAACACAGUUUUACUGCAGUCCUGUUCCCCUGCUGUUCAUUUGGGUCCUUCACUCCUCUGUGAAGGAGAGUGUCAAUCAAUCAGACCAUCAAUGUUGCACAUUUUGACUAAUUAAAAGUCAUGUGUGUCUGCAUUGGGAACAAAUCAGUAAAUGUGGGAAGAAGGUCCUGUGUUGUGGAUUACCAACUGUUUCUGUGACACAAGAGAGACUGGUUUGCUCCUCGCCCUGCUGAUUUUUCUAAUAACUUCAACAGGUAAAUUGUACAUUUUCACAUAUUCUAUAUUCUGUAUUUACAGUAAAGAGGGAGAUUAGUGCAGCUUAAUGCAGCCAUUUACCAGUUUGACCUGCCAGAGGUAUCCUGGGUUUUUGUUUUCAGUUCUGUUUUUAUUUGUUUUGUCUGAUUUAAUUAUGCUCAUCACCUACACCUGUUGUCAUUCUCAUGUAUUUAUGCUUUACCUCAUCAUUUCUCUCUUGCCAGUGUUUUUUGUGACUGUAAGUGAAUUUAGAUGUUGUACUUUGUCCAGCAUGUCUGUGUGAUUCAGUGUGUCUGGUUAUCUGUCACCUCAGUUUGUAUGUGAUUUGUCUGGUCUUUUUAUACUCUAGUUCCCUGUCUGUUAUUCACUGUUUUCUCCUGGUCAGUAUUUCCGUGUGUUAAAUUUUUAUGUUUACCAUGUAUGUCUUGUGGGAUGUUCAUUGGGCUUCACCCUCUUGUUUUUAGUCAGGUUUAAUAGGCUGAAGCUUAAAUAUUCUUUCUUGGGGGUUUCAGUCAGUUUUGGCAUUAGUUGCCUUGAGUAUUGGUAAUUUUCCCUGUCAGUCGACUUGUAAAGUGCAGCAAUUUGUAACAGCAUCAGGUCCUUCUGACAGUGAUAACCAUCGCCACCAGAGCCUGACAGCAGCUUAUCAACUCUGUGGUUUAACUAAAACAAGUUGCAGUGACUCUAAUCUUCUUUACUCAGGAACCAGAGGGACAAACCCAAAGUCACAUUUAUUACAGGGAGACGAUUCUGAGCCGAGCCUCAGUGAGCCUCAGUCAGACGAAUCGAAGUGAAGCUCCACCUGGUUCAGGUCCAGAUCUACGCUAAAGACACACGGUCCGACAGGCUGAGACUUCAGCUGGACAUGGAUCAUGUACUGCUGCUGCUGCUGUGGACCUCAGAACCUGUCAGGUUGGUGGGAGGAGACAGUUAUUGUGCAGGUACACUGGAGAUGAAACAUAAAGGAGAGUGGAGACCAGUGGAUGGAUUCAGGUGGACCAUGAAGGAAGCAGCUGUCGUCUGUAGAGUGUUGGACUGUGGUUCUGCUGUUUCUAUAGGACAGAAAAGAAUUUCUUCGAUUUUAAGUGUGUGGGGGAUCAGGUCUAAUUGUGUUCGGACUGGAUCUGCUCUGAGGGAGUGUGUAACAUCAUCUCACUCUACACUCACCCUAAACUUCGUCUGCUUAGACUCUGUCAGGCUGCUGAAUGGGACUGGUCCGUGUUCAGGCAGACUGGAGGUCAGGUCCAACCAGUCCAACCAGGGGUGGUCCUCAGUGUGUGAAGCUGACUUUGACCAGCAGGAUGCAGAGGUGGUCUGUAGGGAGCUUGGCUGUGGGGCUCCUUCAGCCCUCCAGGGGGCGCUCUAUGGAGAAGUGGAGGCUCCGUUCUGGUCCGAAGAGUUCAUGUGUGGAGGCCACGAAUCUGCACUGCUGGACUGUAGAAGCUCAGAUUUAGCUAGAACCACAUGCUCACCUGGCAAAGCUGUUGGACUCACCUGCUCAGAAUCUGAAGGGUUCAGAUUGGUGGGAGGAGACACUCACUGUGCAGGUAGACUGGAAUUGAAACAUGAAGGAGAUUGUAGAUCAAUGGAUGGAUCUUACUGGACCCUGAAGAUAGCAGCUGUUGUCUGUACAGAGCUGGACUGUGGUUCUGCUAUUUCUACAGUGCAGAGAGAGGAGUCCUCAGAGAGAUUAACUUGGGGGAUCAACUCUAACUGUGUUCAUUCUGGAUCUGCUGUGAGGGAUUGUGUAUCACCAUCUUACUCUUCCUUCUAUCUGGACCUCACCUGCUCAGACUCUUUCAGGCUGCUGAAUGGGACUGGUCUGUGUUCAGGCAGACUGGAGGUCAGGUCCAACCAGUCUAACCAGCGGUGGUUCUCAGUGUGUGAAGCUGACUUUGACCAGCAGGAUGCAGAGGUCGUCUGUAGGGAGCUUGGUUGUGGGGCUCCUACCGCCCUCCAGGGGGCGCUCUAUGGAGAAGUGGAGGCUCCAGUGUGGUCCAGAGACUUCCAAUGUGGAGGCAACGAGUCUGCACUGCUGGACUGUAGAAGCUCAGACUCAGCUAGAACCACCUGCUCACCUGGCAAAGCUGUUGGACUCACCUGCUCAGAACCUGUCAGGUUGGUGGGAGGAGACAGUCGCUGUGCAGGUAAACUGGAACUGAAACAUGAAGGAGAAUGGAGACCAGUGGGUGGAUUCAGGUGGACCCUAAAGGAAGCAGCUGUUAUCUGUAGGGAGCUGGACUGUGGUUCUGCUGUUUCUAUACAAGAGUGUGAAGAGUCUUCAGAGAGACUUGUGUGGGGGAUCGACUCUGACUGUCUGCUUUCUGGAUUUGGUCUGAGGGAGUGUGUUACAUUCCAUGAAUUGUAUACAUUCAUCCAGAAUCUUACCUGCUCAGCCAGCUGGGUUAGGCUCCAGCACCCCCGCGACCCCGCAUAUGGGACUAAGCGGCUUGGAAAAUGGAUGGAUCGAUGGAUGUCUCCCAUCAUGCCCAUUGGUUGUAGAGCAGACUCUGUCAGGCUGCUUAAUGGGACUAAGCUUUGUUCAGGCAGACUUGAGGUCAAGUCCAACCAGUUCAACCAUUUCAACCAGUGGUGGUCCUCAGUGUGUGAAGCUGACUUUGACCAGCAGGAUGCAGAGGUGGUCUGUAGGGAGCUUGGCUGUGGGGCUCCUUCAGCCCUCCAGGGGGCGCUCUAUGGAGAAGUGGAGGCUCCGUUGUGGUCCAAAGAGUUCCAAUGUGGAGGCAACGAGUCUGCACUGCUGGACUGUAGAAGCUCAGGCUCAGCUAGAACCACCUGCUCACCUGGCAAAGCUGUUGGACUCACCUGCUCAGAACCUAUCAGAUUGGUGGGAGGAGACACUCGCUGUGCAGGUAGACUGGAACUGAAACAUGAAGGAGAGUGGAGACCAGUUGAUGAAUUUGACUGGACCCUAAAGGAUGCAGCUGUUGUCUGUAGAGAGCUGGACUGUGGUUCUGCUGUUUCUAUAUUACAGACACAGGAGUCCUCAGAGAUACCUGUGUUUUGGAUCAACUCUCAAUGUUUGCAGUCUGGUUUUGCACUAAGGGAGUGUGUAAUGUCAUCGACAAAUGAUUAUGAAAUAUUUUCUGGCAUCUUGAAUAUCAUCUGCACAGACCUGCUGCUUCAGCCAGUCAUCUCUGUGGACGGGGUUUCUCAUGUCGGUCAGCAGGGGUCACAGGUUGUCAAAGGUUUCAGCUUCACAAUCAGCUGCUCCAUCCAUCCACAGUACCCUGGAGGCUUCUUCCAGCUCAUCUUCACCUCCUCCUUCUCCAAUGCAGAACACAACUACACCCAGCCAGCUGUCAAUCACUCUGCUCGCUUCCUGUUUCAUGCUGCAGAGCCGACCCACCAAGGAAACUACACCUGUGUUUAUCAGGUGUAUGUUUUCUCUCUUAACUUCUCCUCAGAGAGCCAACGGCUGUCUGUCAGUGUCUCAGAUCCAACAGUGUUUUUCCUCAAAGUGGUCGCCCUGCCUCUGACUCUGCUGCUUCUCAGUGCUGCCCUUUACAUGUACUAUAAGGCCACCAGAGGGCAGAUGUUCAACAGACAGGAGGACACUGAGCUGGUGAACUAUCCAUUGGGUGUUGGUGCAGCUGAAGAGGAGGGAGACGUCCUAGGUGUUCACCUCACAUCCGGAGAAAUCUGAGACUUACAUUUAAUUUUGAUCUUCCUUUUACAGUAAAGGACUGUUUUCCACUCACCUGCUGAGUUUACGUUACCUUAAGACAUAUGGACAUAAAACAUACAUGUAAUACUUGAACCAAUAAAUAGAUAUUUACAGAAAACAGGCAUGUGGCCACUAAAUAAAAACAUACAUGCACACAUA